AGCAACAACUGAACCAGCAGCAGAGUGAAUGCAAGUCGUCCUACAACUCAGCAUAUCAGAGGAGUCAGAGAGGAGAGGAACUGCUUCAGCCAGGAGGGAUAGACUUGUCAGCGAUAAAAAUAUCCCAUUAAGCAGAAGUGAAGAUGAAUUUAUUUGUCAUUAUAUCCGUCCUUGCAGCUCUCAGUGUUGAUGCGGCUUUUUCCAGAAAACGCUACGUAAAGAGCAAAAGGGAGUGUCGGUACAAGAAUGGGAGCAGUUACAGGGGUUUUGUUGACAAGUCGUCAAAUGGUCACAAGUGUCUCAACUGGAGAAGGGUUGAACAUACUUGGGGAGCACAUACUUGGGGAGCUGAAGAGGGAAUUGGCAACCACAAUUACUGCAGGAAUCCUAACAACAAGCUGAUGCCUUGGUGCUAUGUCCAAAAAGAAAAGACAAUUCGAAAACGGUUCUGCAACAUUCCCGAAUGUGAGAGGCCAACGGUAAAACCAACGGUCAAACCAAAGGUAAAACCAACAGAGAGCACUGCACCUCCUGUGGAUACAGAGCUGACGUGUGGUGAGCGGCAUCAACGGAGGAUGAAUAAAAUUGUUGGUGGCUCCUUUAUACCCAUAGAGUCACACCCAUGGAUUGCUGCUAUUUUUCAAAAACGCAGCAGGUUUCUUUGUGGUGGUUCUCUCAUUUCACCCUGCUGGGUGCUCACAGCUGCACACUGCUUCCCUGAAGGUAAGGACACCAUACUCAAGCAUCUGUCCAUGUACCUGGGGAAGUCUGCCACCAACGAAAGUAAUCCUGAAAGGGAACAGAGCUUUUCUGUGGAAAAACUGAUCAUCCAUCAAAACUUUAAUGAGCUCAACUAUAACAAUGACAUAGCACUGCUGAAGAUCAAAAACGAUGAAGGUUGUGCAGUCAAAAUGGAUUCUGUGAGGACAGUUUGCCUUCCUCCUCCUUACACUCAGCUUCCUCCAGGGGUCACGUGCAACAUCGCAGGAUUCGGGAAGGAAAACUUCAACUCCUGGCACUACUCACAGCUCUUGAAACAGGCGGAGGUGACACUGCUGCCCAACGCUGAGUGCAAAAGAGAAGUCUCCUAUGAAAAGCUCUUCACUGAAAACAUGUUCUGCGCUGCAAGCCCUGACUGGAGCACAGAUGCCUGCAAAGGUGACUCUGGCGGUCCAUUAGUGUGUGAAGCAGCCGGCCGCAUGUUUCUGUUCGGGGUGGUGAGCUGGGGUGAAGGUUGUGCCAGUGUGAACAAGCCAGGUGUUUACACACAGGUAACCCAAUACAACAAGUGGAUUGCGGCAAAAACUGGGCUCCUCAAAUACACGAAUGGACUGAUGUAUCCUCAAAAAUGAAACCACGGGAGACUUUAUGUAGUCUGUUGAGCACAGUAUUCUUCGAGAAAGGGACAUUUUGCAGCAGUUUUGUAAGCUCAGUUUGUAUAUAUAGUAAGUGUUUGGAGGUUGUAGUUUUUAGAUAGUGAUGCAUGAUAAAGACAAUUCUGAUGUUCAGAACACAGACUGGCAGGCCGAAAACAUCAAAAUAACAGGAUUGUUUCUCGGAGAGGAUCAUCCAAAACAUAUAAAGUAGUAUGAAGCUUACAGUUGUGUUUAAAAGUUGUCAAAUUAGUAUUUUGUGUGUUGAGUUAUAAUGUGUCCUCAACAAUUAUAGUGUAGUGAAUUAUUU